AUCAAUUGCAUUUUAAUGGAAUACAAAUAAUUUGUAAAGAAUAUCUCAUUAAAUAAAGUUAGCAAUCAAGAAUAAUAGAACAAACAGAUACUUAACUAUAGAUUAAAAUAAUAGGUUGCUUUCUUCAGGUUGCCAUCCAUUUUUUAAACACACAGAAUGUAAUAAAUAGCGGGAAAUUUUUUAAAUUUUGAAUGCUGCAAAUUAAGAUUAUAUAGGGCCAAUCAUAAUGUAAUCUGCAGUGUUGAUUUAUAAUCCUGGGUAUAAAAUUAAAUUUGAAUACAAUUUUAGUUUAUAGGCAUACCUCUGUUGUUAACAAAAUGGGGAAUUGAAACUUGAAAAUAUACCAUACCAAGAAGCUUCCCAUAGCAAAGCAACUAAAUUUAUGAUACAAGGCACUGUGAAUUAGAAAAAAGCAAUUACAGAAAAUGAUGAUGUAGUUUUCAAAUUUAAUGAUGCGAAUUAUUUAAUUUCAGAACUGUCUUUAUUUUGUUCAUGGAAUGGACCAACAAUUUCAUAAGAUUCAACAUGGAAACUUUAAAGAAGUAAUUUUCCACCUUUACCAGAAUGGUUUUAGCAAAGACCAUUUAUUUCAUUAAGUUAUUUAUAAAGUUCUGACUAAUUAACUUAAUGUUUAGUUAAAUAGAAUGAAAGAAAACCAAUAGGAAGCCAUUCAUAUUAAAUUUAAUCAAUUUAUUUGAUAGAAGAUCUUUUAUAUGCAAUGAUGAGUAUAGAAGGUUAGUAUAUAAAAAAAAAAAAUGGAUCAUUUGAUUAUCUAAUUGAGGGUCAUUUAGAAUAGAGCACAUGUGAUCUCUCUCUACAAUAAAUGGUUUCAAAAAUAUUGCCUAUGUGCUCUUAACAUGAUUAUAUUGAAAACUAUAUAUAACAAAAAAUCAAAUUUGAAAAUGGAUAUAUUUCUUAAGCUUUUUGUUCAGCAGUAAAGGAAUUAAUGCAAAAAUACUUAUUAAUGGUUAAUUAGCUUGAUUAUGAAUUUAAUUAAGGAGAAAUAACUUUGUAGAAAUUUUGGUAUUAUACAUAACCAUCAAUAAGAAUUAUUAAUUCAAUUUAUGUUUUAAUUUAAAGCUUGUCUAAACAAAUAGGUGGCACUUUGUUGAGUACAAUUACAAACUUUAUUAACACAAGCACUGAUCCUUAAAUAGUCGAAGUUUAUUCAUUUCUACUUUAAAAAUCUUUUAUUCCUUAUAUGAAAUAACUUUCUAAUUGGAUAUAUUAUGGUAGAAUAGAUGAUCCAUUUGAAGAAUUUUUAGUUGCAGAAAAGAAAAUUCAAAAAUCCUCCAUAGAGACUGAUUAUAAGAAUGAUUUUUGGGAUUAAAGAUUUGCACUUAGGAAUUCAUAGAUUCCCAAAUUUCUUGAAAAAUAUUAAGAUAUAAUUUUAAGGACUGGAAAAUAUAUUAAUGUAAUUGGAUAAAAAGAAUCUCCAUUCGAUAAUUAUUUAAUUAAGAAUUAAGGUCAUAUUGUUUAAAAUUAAGAUUUCACACAUUUAGUGUCUUGUUUUGAAUGGGCAAAUAAAGAAAUCAUUAAUCUAUUGUUUUAAAAAGAAAACAUUCAUAAAAGAUUAAAAACUAUUAAAACUUUCUUUUUAUUUGAUUCUGGAGAUUUUUUUAUUCAUUUCAUUGAAGCAGCUGAAUCUGAAUUAGCAAAAGAUAUUAAAGAAAUCUCAAAGGAAAAACUUGAAAGUUUAUUUGAUCUUGCAGUAAGAUCAAUGGCUAGUAAUGAUGCAUAUAAAGAUGAUUUAGUGUGUUAUAUUGAUCAAUACACUAUAAAUGAAUAAAUUUAUGCGAUAAGAAAUUUAAGAGGAAUUGAUAUAAAUGAAAAUAAACCUCCUAGAACUUAAAAAUUAAAAGGAAUUGAAUUGUUCACUUUAGACAUAAAAGUUGAAUGGCCUGCAAAUCUUAUAUUUUCUAGGGCCAGCUUGCUAAACUAUCAAAUAUUAUUUAGAAGUCUCAUGAGUCUAAAUUAUUUAUUAAAAUAAUUAAAUGAAGCCUGGGUAUUAUAAAAAUAGCUUAAAGACACAGGAUUGCAUUAAAAAUUUCUUAAAUAAAACUUUUUACUUUCAAGAAUGUAGCACUUAAUCAAGAAUUAUGUAUUCUCAAAUAUCAUUAUUUUUAUAGUUAUAUUAUGUAUCUUAUGAUGUAGUUGAAAAAAAUUAUACAAGUUUAAUUUAAAACUUAUAAAAUGCAGACAAUUUUGAGGAAGUCAAAGAAUAACAUAUGAGAUUUUCAGAAAAUUGCUUAAAAGAAUCUCUAAUUAUUGAUUAAGAUUUUUGGAAAGUAUUUAACAAAUGCACAAAUUUUUGUAGUCAGUUUAGUUCAUAAAUUCAAAAAUAAAAUUCAUCAUUAAUGUCAUUUUUUACUGAUAAUUUCGAGCCUAAAAAGGUUUAAAUAAAAGAAAAAAUUACAGAAUUGGUAACUGGAAAGCAAUUUCAAACUUUAUAUGAAACAUUUAUCAAGAACUAUGAUGAAGCUUAUAGAGAACUAAUAAAGAUAAUUAAAACUUAGUAAUUAUUCUAUAUAUUUUAAGUAUAUCAUAAUCAAAAACCUAUGUAGUAAGUUUAAUGAUCAGGUUAGAUUAUCAAUUUGAUUAUCUAUGA